UCUAAAGUGAACAAGUAAUCCAAAAUGCGAGCUGCCGUCGUGUUCGUCGUUGUGAUUUUCGCACUCUUCGGUGUCCUGGAGGCCGUGCCCGCUCCUCAGUUUGGACUCGGUGGAUAUGGCGGAUAUGGCGGAUAUCCCGGCUAUGGAGGAUACGGCGGAUUUCCCAGCUACGGCGGAUACGGAGGAUAUCCCGGCUACGGUGGAUUCAACCGCGGCUUCGGCGGAGCCAGUGCUUCGGCGUCCUCUUCGGCUUCCGCUGGCGGCUUCGGUGGUGGCUUCUACGGAUAAAGAGCCUUCUAGAAUAAUUACUACUGUACCUAUUUAAUUAUAAUAAAUGAAAUUCAAUACUCUUGUGACUCCAAAA